AUAUUCUAAAAUGUAUAGAGAGAUUCAAACGGAGAAAAUAUUAAGCAACAACUAUUUACUUGGAGUGUUCUUUUUUAUCGUAGCUGUCUACGCAGGAAUGGUUUACUUAACAUUAUUAAAUCCUUACUCACUUGAAUAUACGGAAAUCAUAAUUAUAGCUUGGAUUCCAUUAUAAAUAUUUUAUGUGAUGGUUAUAUGGUCAAUGGCCAGAUGCAUUAUAAGUGAUCCUGGCAAAGUAUUUUCUAUAUAAAAUUCAGGUUCCCAUUUAUUGGGGAGUUCUAUUGGACGAUUAGGAAUAAAAGAAAAGACGAUAUUGUUUAAUUUGCCAUAUUUUUAAACCUGAACGAUGUCACCAUUGCUCAACGUAACUAUAUUAUAAAAAUAUUAAAAGAUGUCAAAGAUGUGUUUUAAAUAUGGAUCAUCAUUGUCCAUGGAUUGGAAAUUGUGUGGGAUAUCAGAAUCGCAAGUUUUUUAUUUUGUUUCUCCUCUAUAUAAAUUUAUCAGUCCUAUUUAGCAUUGUAAUCAUCGGCUUCAAAGUUUAUCCAAUAAUUAUGGAUCUUCUAUUUGUAGAUUGGAGACUUCUAAUUGAGAAUUUUAUUGUUAUCCCUACUCUCUUACUGUAACAAAUUAAAAAAAUAUUAGAGCAACAAUCAUUCUUGUAUUCGGAGCAGUCAUAUUCAAUUUCUUUUUGUUUCACCUAGAUUUAGUUUCAACCAACAAAACAACCAUAGACACUUUGGAAGUCAGAAGAAAUGGAAACAAUGCCCAAAUUCCUUUGAAUGCUUAUGACAUAGGGUAAACUAUUUACAUAUAUAUAUAUUCAGAAUCAAAGAAAACUGGUUACAAGUCAUGGGAACUAAUCCUUGGCUCUGGCCUUUCCCAAUGUUCGGAGAAAGCGGAAGACCAAAAGGAGAUGGAGUUAGAUGGGAGCGUAAUCAAAAUUAAUUAACAAUGACUGAAUAGAAUGUUACCCACAGAACUUAAACAAACUAAAAUUAAAGAAGUGAAAUGACUUAGCCUCAAUAAAGAGUUUGAAAUAUAAUUUAUAUCAAAAUAUUAAUAUGCUCC